GCAUGAAGGUCAGGUUCAGAGGGUGUAGGGUGUGACGACCAUAGAGUAAUGGUGUGACGACGUUGAAAAGCGUUUGUACACUGAGCUGUACCUGUGUUUGCUUCGAGUCCUAUUCCAAGGGGAUUUUGGUUCCUGAGUGACUCCAAGUAGAAGAGUAAAUGUGCAGUUUUGUGUGCAGUGCCAUAGAUUGGAGUUCAGCACCCCAUAGAAUCAUCAGACUUUCUGUUUUGUUGAACACUUAUUAUAUUUGAAAAUGGCAUCUUUUGAAGCAGCCGAGGUUUCAUCUCUAGAGAAAAUCAGACAGGAUUAUCUGGAGUGCAGUAUUUGUCAAGAGGAGUACACAGAACCCAAAGUACUAGACUGUCUUCACAGCUUUUGUAAACACUGUUUACUUGAAUAUCACACUUCCAAGUACGAAGACGCCAAGACGCUCAUUUGUCCUAUUUGUCAAAAGGAGACACAACUUCCUGAAGAGGGUGUUAAAGAUCUCAAGACUAACUCUAUUUUAACCGGUCUUGCAAGUCAACUGGGGCAGGUCAGUUUAUCUCAAAAUGCGAAGUUGCUCUGUGACUUAUGCGAGGAAAAACAUGAUGCAUUGCAUUUCUGUUUUGACUGCCCCAUGUUCAUUUGUGCAAGCUGUUACAAAAUGCACCAAAAGGUUCCAGCAUCAUCAAGUCACAAAGUAGCUACUUUGAAAGACAUCCGUGAUGGGAAGAUUGCAAUGAAAAAGUCACAAAUAAAAAGCCACCCAGCAUGCCAAACUCAUGAAGGUGAAGUGAUGAGGUUCUACUGUACAACAUGUGAUGUGAUGAUUUGUAGAGAUUGCACAGUCAUAGAUCACCCUAAACCACACCAUGAGUAUCUUGAUUGCAACCAAGCUUCAUCCACAUCUAAACAAUCAUUGGCUAAGCUCUUUAAUCCUCUUGAAGGCAUCUUGAAGAACCUUGACCAAUCCAAAACAAGUGUUUCAGCAAUGAAAGACAACCUAGACAAUGCAGCUCAUGGAACCAUGGCAGAGGUGAGGAACAGAGCUGAUAAGAUCAGGGCUGAGAUAGCAGCUCAAGAGAGUCGCAUUAUGGAUGAAAUAAAAGCCAUCCAAAUAGAUCGUUGUAAGAAAUUGGAGGAGGAGCACCAAACAGUGAGUGUAAAAAUACAGCAAAUACAGAAUUUACUGCAGGUUGCUAAAGAUGCCAGCAAUUCUUCAGCGCCCGACUUCCUUGCACUCUAUCCUACAAUCAGUAAAGACAUGAAAUCGCUUACAGGUCAAAAUCCACCAGAGAUAGAUUCUACCCUUUCCCAUCUGAGAUUCAAUCCAGAAGCAUGUGCCAUCUCCCUGGGUAAUCUGAAGGAACCAAGGUGGGAGCUUUGUUUGAAGUUUGACCCUCAAGCAUAUGAUAUUGAUGCUUCUUUACCUGGGGAUGAGGUGGCAGUGGCAGAAUACAGCAAUAAAAGAGUGGUGAUCUACAACACUAAAGGAGACCAGAUACAAACUAUCCAAUUAUCACACAAUCCACAGGCUGUAGCAGCAUUCCAGGGUCAGCUAGUUGUUGUUGAUAGCAGCAACUCUGUCAAGAUAUACAACACAGACGGCACCAAGGGAUUUGAUUUCUACUCGGUACCUCAUCUAGAAGUGGGCAAGACAUUAGUAGACCUAUACAGUGUAGCAGUUAUGAAUGAUGUCCUCAUUGUUGGUGAUGUAAAGAGGUCAGUUAUCACGAAACACAACUGCAGUGAUGGGUCACUCAUAAACACUGUUUCAGUUAAGACUGAACCUUACUUCAUUGCCAUUGACAGCAAUGAUAGAGUUGUAGUCAGUGGUGGGGACAAACGAGUGGACAUUGUUGAUGGCAAUGGUGCCACACUAGUCACCAUCAAACCAACCAUUAAUGGUCAGCCAGUUAAAUACUGCAGAGGUGUAUGUUGCGACAGCUCAUAUAUCUACAUUUCAGUGUUGAAUUGGGAUUACAAUACUGGUCACAUUCACCGGUAUGAUAUUGAGGGUAGAUUUCUCAGCUGCAUUGUUCGGGGUCUGUACUGCCCAGGUGGAAUCUCAUUGACCCCAAAUGGGCAGCAACUGGCAGUGGCAGACUUCAAAUCAGUAAAAAUUUAUAACAAGGUGUAACCUUGCCAUAUAACUAUGAUACUGGUGUUGUCCUGUAGAACUUGUACAUUGAUGUGAAAUUACCACAAUGGUUCAAUAGUCAAUACUUCUUGUUUCUCAUUAACUCAAUCCCCAUAAGAAGUGGUAUUUGUGGUUUUAAUUCAAUCAGUUUUAUUUGAACAAUAUUGUUUACCAUACCUGUCCAAUCCAUAGGUAGCAGUGACAGUGUUAAAAUCAUUGUGUUGUAGAGCCAAUGAAUUAUGCAACAAGUGUUCAGUAUAUAAACAUUGAUAUACGUAGCAAUGACUUCAUAUUCACCUCAUGGAGACUGAGAACAAAACAGGGGAAAACAAAGGGGAAUUCUUAAAGACUGGGGUGCUCCGCGAGGAAUUUGUGUACAAUGUCCCUGUAGGUUCUUAACUAUACUACAGGGAUAAAAGGAAACAAAGAUGCAAAACACAAGGAUUCCCCAAAAUAGAUUAUAUGUACAGGAAACAAACCAACAUCAACAGAGCUUCUUUUUUGACAGUUGCAGUUCAGGGUACGCAACAUUCUAUUUUCAAGAUUGAUUAUCAUACUAUCAGUACAAUUAAUAACUUGCGAUUUCAUGACCAGUUUAAAGACAGUGGAUAUUAUAUAACACCCAAGCGGAUCCUUGCCAUUUGAUUGGAGGAUUGUCCGUCACGUGA